CCUAGAAGGUAGUGGCAGUCAUCAUCGCUUCGUUACAAUUUUAAUCGCAUUGGCCAUAGGUAGUCGAUGGCAUUUGCGAGAACCUCACAUUCACGGUGAACAUGAAGCCAUGAGGGUAAACUCACAGUAUCUGUAGCUUCCCGUGUUCCCCACAUUUCGUACCGGAUCGCCACUUCUUCAGUCACUCUCAGCCUGCUCUGACCGUGAGGCGUCGCCGCUUCUUGAGCAUCUCACAAUCCGAAAUAUGGCCUCGUCUUCUAGCAAUGAUGCCACAGUCACCUCUAUGCCCAUUCUCGCCGUGAACGACGCGCGAGACUCGAACGGCGCGGAGGCGAACGACACAGCGGUCGUGCUAGACGCGCAGAGCGAGGAAGAGGACAUAGCUUCAGACGCCGAUGAAGAAACACGACUGAAAUUCCUUACAACUGGGACUCGGGCGCAGGAUGAUCUCGAGCGCGAUAUCGGCCGCCAGGCAGACCAGCUGCUCACUGAGCAGGCUGAUGCUCGCGACAAAAAGCGCAUAGAGAAGGCAGAGGCAGAAGCAAAGCGUGCUGAAGCUGCGAUCCAGAAGCUGCGGAAUCGACUUGCGCUGCCUGCGGUCGAUACGCACAAGGCCCGGCUGCGCGGAGAGGUUGCAGCAUACCAGCUGAAGAUUGAAGAUCUCGACAAGGAGAUGGAUGCGAUACAACAGCGCAUCAAUGAACGGCAUGCCGCGCCUGAAGGGGAGGAGCCAGAACAUGAUGGUGUCAACGGUCCUCUGCUGAAUGAAAGUCGGCGCGACUUUCUGAUCCGCACCGGCAAGAUCACACCCUUCUCGAGGUUAGCACAGAAUCAAGCUGGGCUAGGGACGUUAGGAGAGGCUAUGCUUGAUGCCGAGAUGGAAGACAUGGUCGAGGAAACUACUACAGGCCCGGUUUCGCAUCGAAAUUUGAUGCAACCAGGUUUUCAGCAUGUUGACGCGAGUUCAGAAGCCUCCAGCCCUCAGCCUAUGGCUCGUUCGCGGAAGCGGCGGAAGUUGACACCUACAAGUGACGUGUUGGCUUCAAGAGCGUCCAGUGUGGACCCAGGUACGACCGACGGGGAGAGUGACGAUGCCUUUGAUCCCGGUAUGUCUGCACGUCAGCUUGCAACUAUGGAUGAUUCCGAAGACGCCUCUGACGUUGUUGUCGACGACGACGACGAUGAAGACUUUGGCUCGAGCGCUGCCCACAAGCGCAAGGCUAGGGGGAGGAAAGUGAGAAAGACCGAAGCUGUCUCCGAACCCGAGGCUGAGGUAGAGGAAGAAGAUCUUACGGGAGUCGACGAUGGAAAUGAAAAAGUGUACCGCCAGCGCAUUGAAAAGUGGUCCAAGGAUCGUGCUGCGGCAAGAAAGCGAGCAAGAGAACAAGCGGGCGAUAUCAUCGCCGAAGACGAUGCAGAAGAAGAGUGGUUCAAACCUCAUCCCACAGAAGCCGAUACUGUCCUAGAGGGUGGGUUCAGCAUACCGGGAGACAUAUACCCAGCAUUGUUCCCAUAUCAGAAGACAGGAGUGCAGUGGCUUUGGGAGUUAUUUCAACAGAACGUAGGGGGUAUCAUCGGUGACGAGAUGGGUUUGGGUAAAACCAUACAAGCCAUCUCGUUUGUUGCAGGCCUUCACUACUCCAAGCGGCUCAUCAAACCUGUAAUCGUGGUGUGUCCAGCUACAGUUAUGAAGCAAUGGGUCAGCGAGUUUCAUCGCUGGUGGCCGGCUCUGCGUGUCUCAAUCUUGCACACAUCAGGCAGUGGCAUGCUGAACACUCAAAGGGAGGACCGAGCCGAACGAGAGAUGGAGUUGCGUAGCUAUGGUGAUUACGACACUACCUUAACUGGAGCUGGGAAAGCGGCAAAGAAAAUCAUCGAAAAGGCCAAGCGUGACGGCCAUGUCCUCGUUACAACGUACUCGGGACUUCAGACCUACUCAGAAUUUCUGAUAGCGACUGAGUGGGAAUGUGCUAUCCUCGACGAAGGGCAUAAGAUUCGUAACCCCAACACGGCCAUCACAAUCCACUGCAAAGAGCUUCGCACACCAAAUCGCAUUAUCUUAUCAGGUACACCCAUGCAAAACAACCUGAGCGAACUGUGGUCGCUGUUUGACUUCGUCUUUCCCAUGCGUCUGGGUACACUGGUGAACUUCAGAAAUCAGUUCGAAUUUCCCAUCAAGCGCGGUGGGUACGCAAAUGCCUCAAACCUCGAGUUCGAAACCGCAAUCCAAUGCGCAGAGACGCUCAAGGAUGCCAUCAGCCCAUAUCUACUACAGCGUUUCAAGGUCGACGUGGCGACCGAUCUGCCGCAGAAAAAAGAACAAGUACUAUUCUGCAAGCUGACACGUCAGCAGCGACAAGCAUACGAAGGCUUUUUGCACUCCGAGGAUAUGAAAUCAAUCUCGUCUGGCAAGCGUCAGAUGCUCUACGGCGUUGAUUAUCUUCGAAAAAUUUGCAACCACCCAGACCUGACUGAGCAUAGAAAAUUGUCAAAGCAGCCUGGCUAUGAUUAUGGUGCACCUAACAAGUCUGGAAAGAUGCAAGUGGUCAAGGAAUUACUCUCUCUAUGGAGGAAGGGCGGCCACAAGACAUUACUCUUUGCUCAACACCGUAUCAUGCUUGAUAUUCUUCAGAAAUUCCUCAACCACCUACCUGAUAUCAACUACCGCCGUAUGGAUGGCGAGACACCCAUCAAAGAUCGACAGGAUCUUGUUGAUGAGUUCAACAAAAGCCCGGAUCUGCAUGUGUUCUUGCUUACGACAAAGGUUGGUGGACUCGGUGUCAACCUGACUGGUGCGAAUCGUGUCAUCAUUUACGACCCCGAUUGGAACCCUUCCACCGACAUCCAAGCACGAGAACGCUCAUGGCGACUCGGGCAAAAGCGAGAGGUCGAGAUAUAUCGACUCAUGUCCGCGGGAACCAUUGAGGAGAAGAUCUACCACCGUCAAAUCUUCAAGCAGUUCUUGACGAACAAAGUACUCAAAGACCCAAAGCAGCGCCAGACGUUCCAGAUGAGUGAUCUGCACGACCUUUUCACAUUGGGCGGCGAAUCAGCAGACGGCGAGACAGAAACAAGCAACCUCUUCCGCGGCUCCGAAGUCAAGUUCGACGAGGAUGGCAGUUCGACCGCCCCAGAUGCGACAGCAGCCAAAGAUCUUGCGGCAGUCAAAGGCAUUCAACACGCCGAGGCUUUCCAAGCCCCCAUCUCCGAUACCGAAGACACCUCACACAGUGCAGGCGAGGGCGCUGAAGGAGAAAAACCCGCCUCAGACGGUCGUCUAAUGUCCACCAUCUUCGCAAAGACAGGAGUACACUCCGUCCUCGAGCACGACGCAAUCGUCAACUCCACUGCUGGCGGCCGCAAGCGUAAGAUCCAAGCUGACCCGGCUUUCGUUCAGCGCGAAGCCAGACGACAAGCCGCCCUCGCCGCCGAGCAGCUCAAGAAAAGCAUGGAGGAAGCUCGCGCUGUCCCCGCCGGCGUGCCAACAUGGACAGGCACAUACGGCGCCGCCGGACGCCCCGCUGCGCCCUCCCCUCGUGCCUCGGCAUCACGCGGUGGUCGCGGUGGGCGGGGAGGCAGCAGCCUAGGCCGAGGCCAGCCAUCCUCGUCCUCGAUCCUGUCGAGUCUUGCGGCGCGACAAGGCCGCCCUAUAUCAACGGGUGCAUCGACGUCCGCCUCGUCGUCGCGCGCGUCCACACCUGCAGCUACCACGCCGGCGUCGUUUCGCGGCCGUCGCAUGCUCGAGAUGAUCCGCGACUUCAUGAUGACGCAUGGCGGCGCCGUGCCGAGCCAGAUGUUGGUUGAUCAUUUCGACCACUACGUGCGGGCGCAGCCGGGCCGCAACGAGGAGUUUAAGGAGAUGCUGAAGGCGGUUGCGACGCUGGAGCGGAGCGGGAGUGCGCAGAGGGGACGUUGGGUGCUGAAGGAUGAGUGGAGGGCGAGGCCUGCUGGGCGAGGGUAGAGCGCUGCUGAGCGUCGGACCUAGGUAGGAUAUUGACGUCAAGUGUAAUUCGCGGAUAGGAGUUAAGGUUUGGCGCGAGAUACCAUUGCAUUCUUGCCAAGUGCUGGCACGCAUUCUAGGCACAGUGUUAAUACACAAACAACAGUAAACAUCACUGAACAAGUAAACAUCGCACG